UGAUUGAAGUUGGAGUCCUUUUACUCCUGAGAAAAAAAGAAAAAACAAAGAGGAGCAAAGGGUUCAAGUACCAUGACAGAGGUGACUCACCAAAUAAUCAAAACCAAUGGAAUAAAUAUCCACAUAGCCGAGCAAGGAGAAGCUGGACCUCUGGUGCUUCUUCUCCAUGGCUUCCCUGAACUCUGGUUUUCAUGGCGCCACCAGAUGGCCCAUUUGGCUAAACACGGCUACCAUGUUGUUGCCCCUGACAUAAGAGGCUAUGGUGACUCUGAUUCUCCUCUAUGUACCAAGUCCUACACUCUUGUCCACCUAGUGGGAGACAUAGUUGGCCUGCUCGACCAUUUCGGUGAAGAACAGGCAUUUGUGGUUGGACAUGACUUAGGUGCGUUCAUUGGGUGGCAUCUUAGCCUGUUCAGGCCAGAUAGAGUGAAGGCUUUGGUUGCUCUCUCUGCUCCUUACUUUUCAAGAUCUCAGAAUACUCGAAGUCCUGAAUCUUUCAGGCGAAUGAUUGGAGAAGGGUGCUAUAUUUGGCAAUUUCAGGAGCCAGGAAGAGCUGAGAGAGCAUUUGCUAGGUACGAUUAUCUGACAGUAAUAAAGAAGUUCUUGCUUAUGACUAAGAGAGAUUAUCUUGUUGCUCCUCAUGGAAUGGAGAUUAUUGAUUAUCUGGAGACACCAGCAACUUUGCCGCCAUGGAUAACUGAAGAGGAACUCCAAGUAUACGCUGACAAGUUCCAAGAAUCAGGUUUCAGUGGACCUCUCAAUCAUUUUCGUGCAAUGGAAUUGAACUGGGAGCUCGUGGGACCAUGGGAAGGAUCAAAGAUAGUUGUCCCAACAAAAUUCAUAGCAGGUGAUAAGGAUAUUGGUUUCGAUGUUAUGGGCACAAGAGAAUAUGUGAAAGGAGAAGUUUUCAGGAGUCUUGUUCCAAACAUUGAAGUUGUUAUUCUAGAUGGUCACCAUCAUAUUCAACAAGAGAAAGCACAGGAAGUUUCCAACGAAAUUCUCUCUUUCCUUAAAAAAUUUUCAGCUAAUUAGAGUUUGAUUGUGUCCUUUUAAGUUCAAAGAACAUUUUUCACUGUCUAGCUUAGAGAAUGUUCCUUUUCUAUGAGUAUUUUCACAUUAGCCAAAAGUUAAAAGAGAGUUUGACAAGCA